AGUGUUUGGCGAGGAUUAGGAGACCGCUCCUCCCUGUAAUACACCUCUCCAGCAUGAAUGAAGCUGAGACUAAGUCCUUCCUAUCCCUCCAGCCAUUGGCCGUCCCAGCUGGGGAAAAAGAUUUAAAAAAGGAGAACACUUGGUGCCGGAGUAACAUCUUAAUCCUGUGACUGAGCUGGAAGGAGCCUCAGAGGAGCAACAUCAUGUACUUCGCCUUGGCUGCACACUGCGCCCUCCUGCUGAUCCUCGCCGUCCUGGACCCCGUGCUGGGAUGGCCGUCCCUUAAAAACGACGCCACGGAGAUCAUCCCGGGGAUCGUCGAAAAUACGGAGGUCAUCGUAGAAGCCACCAUCCCCAGCGACAACUACACGCUGAACCAAGCCAAGCACGGGGGAAGAUACCUGCACCAGUCCAACGAUCCAACAGAUCCUUCGGAAUUUAGCUGCAGAGAAUUGCGUUCUACUCAGCACAUCACAGAUGGUCCGUGUCGCAGCCUCAAGCCGGUGAAAGAGCUGGUGUGCUCAGGCCAAUACUUACCCUCUCAUCUUCUUCCAAAUUCCAUUGGUCGCGGGAAAUGGUGGCGCCAGAGCUCGAUUGACUACCGUUGUGUGCCCGCUCACAGCCACACCCAACGGGUUCAACUCGUGUGCCCCGACAACGAAGUGCGGACAUACAAGAUCCGAGUGGUGACGUCCUGCCGCUGCAAGAGAUACACUCGCUUCCACAACCAAUCGGAGCUGAAAGAUUUCGGAAAGGACAUAGCCAGGCCCGCGAAGAACAAGAAGCCGCGGCUCGCCAGGCAGAGGAGCAAAUCCAAUCAGCACGAGCUGGAAAAUGCCUAUUAGUUACCUGGAGCCAAGUCAGGGGCUACUUACAUGUCACGUGAGGAUGAGGUAACUGUGUUGACUUACUCAGCACGUACAGAUUAAGUCUGAGGAGUUGCUUAAGGAAUUUAAGAUUAAGGCUGACCCAUUAUCUCCAGAUUAAGACGAACAGGCCACGUAAAAGCCUUUAAAAAAAUAGAAGGACGUGUCUGGAGUAGAGAAGAGAGAAAACUCAGCAUAUUAUCCUGUAAUACUGCAUAUUAUAUUCCAGAGCAUUCAGUUACUUACCGUAUUUAAUGGCGGCCCGCUCGGCUCCCGUGCAGAAGUGGAAGGAAAAGGGUCUGAAAGACUACUGCAGAGUUUUAUAGUAGAAAUGUACAUUUUCGGAGAUUGCAUAAAGUAAAGUGGACUUUGUAACUAACUGCUUGUAUACGCUUUGUACUAUAGCCGAUGAAACAAGGAGAGUGUAUAUAGCUGAAAUUCUAUACAGGAGGAAACAUAAAUUAUAUCUAUAGUGUAUCAAAAUGUAAUUAUUUUCUGCUUUUAUAUAAAGUCUAAUGUAAACCCCUCCCCCCAUUUCAAUAUUGUCCAUUCUUACGAUGGAAAGAAUACAGACAUAAGAGCCCCCCCCCCAUUGAAGAACACGUUAUGGACCCUUGCUAUCCUGUGGCAAAUUGUAGAGUUCCCACCUUCCAAAGGAUAGGGGAUCUGAUCGCGGGGGGGGUCCGGUCCAGCCGAUCUCCGGGCCGCCCUAAGUUACGCCACGCCCCCUCCUUUCAUGUCUGUGGGAGGGGGUGUGGCGACUGUGAUCGCCAGUCAUCCGGCAGGGAGUGGAGUUUGCUCCAUGCAUCGGAUGACUGGGGUGCCGCGGCAGAGAACGUGGGCAUUCCCAACGGCCGCACCCCCCACAAUCAGACAAGUUGUGCCCUAUCCUUUGGAUAGGGGAUAACAUGUCUAGUGUUGGAGUACCCCUUUAAGUAAUUAAGAUCCAUAAAAACCUACAUUUUAUUUACCAUAAGGCGUGCAAGAGCAAAAAUGAGUUUUAAUGAGAGUGACCAUUUAAGGUUUGUGUAAAGUUUUAGGAUAACAUCUCAACUUCACGAGUGCAGUAGAACAUCUAAACACGCCAGGGAUCAAGAUGUGGUUGGCGGCAACUAAACCCUAUCCAGGACCUUCCAUAAUUGAAAUAAAAUAAGAUUAGAGCUUACUGUCAUCAUCUUUAAAGGGGCGCUCCAUCCCUAAACAUUGUAUCCCCUAGCUAAAGGAUAGGGGAUAAGAUGUCUGAUCGUGAUCUCCGUGCAGCACACGGCAUUGUGAUGUGAGUUUUAUAACUCACAUCAGAAAAAAUGUAUACUUUGAUGUCUUUUGCCAAUGAGAUUUUAAUGGACGUUAAAAUGGCACACAACAAGGCUAGGCCUACACUUUAAAAUAGUUGUUUUACUUAGACAACCCCUUUGCAUUGAAUUUAAUAGAGGUCCUCCAUUUGGGGCACCACUCCGUUGGCCAUAGUGGAGCUCCAUCUCAAAAAGCAUCUAAAGUAUCCAUACCAUGUACUCCAGCAAAAAUUUACUUAUCCCCUAUCCACUGGAUAAGCGAUGAGUAGCUGAUCACGGGGGCCUGACUGCUGGCCCGCCCCCCCUGCGAUCAGCGGGACGGGACCCCUGCACUCUCAGUACUAGUAGACGACACGCGCGCCAUUCAUUUCUAUGGGAGUGCCAAGGAUGUACUCGGGUCUUUUUGGCGCUCCCAUAGGAAUGAAUAGAGCGCGUGCCGGCUGCAGCAUGUGCUACUCGCUGAGUGCCGGGGCCCGUCCCAGUGAUCACGGGGGGCCACAGCGGUCAGAUGUCCUGUGAUCAGCUACCUAUCCCCUAUCCUGUGGCCUAUCCUGUAGGUUAUUUAUCGACGGAGAUCUCCUUUAAGGGGACUAUGAAUGUUUCCCUCCACCCGUGGUCAGAAGGGUAUCUGAAUUGGAUAGAUUCUUUAAAAGGGUUACUGUUCCGAACAUUGGAGCACGUGCCGGGAGCUCGUGAGGUCAUAGCCCCACCCCCGCAUGAUGUCCUGCCCCGCCCCCUCAAUCAAGACUUGCAUUGAGGGGGCGGGGCGUGACGUCAUGAGGGGGUAGGGCUAUGACAUCACGAGCUCCUGGCGCCGGCUCCAGCGUUCGGAACAGUUUGUAGUACCCCUUUAAGAUUUGCCUUUGGCAAAGCAUACAUUAGCUGUGAGAUAUAAGACACUGCAACUUGUGGUGUUCAUGGCUAACCUUUUGGUAUGGCGCCAAACAGCAUUAUUCUAGAGAGAACAAUUGGAUAUGCAAUAUACACAGACGCUUUGAAUCUUAUAUUUAUAAAGUCAUUUUUUUUUAAGAAAUAAAGUUUUUUUUCUAAAGAAUAGAAAAUAUGGACGUCAAGUAUAGAAAGCCCCAUCCUACAGCAAUAGUUGACGGUUAUUGUGGAGUAGGCGCAAUUCUUAGUCAGUCUUCUGGCUUCAUGUCUUGAGCUUCAUGUCUUCCCAUUAUGUUAUCAUUGGUUUAAGAGAUGGAUUAUGUAUUUAUUUCUCUGUUAUUUAUUAAUGUAUACAUGUUGUACUGUAUAGAAAGAAACAGAAUAUUGCCUUAAAAUAUUUGAAUAAUAUCCCAGAUAUUUUGAUCUAUUGUCAAUAAAUCUUUGAUUAAACUCGA